CUAGGAGACAGGAGGCCUGGUUUUCUCAAAGUGGGUGGGGGCAGGAGCCUACCUCCGGGGACGUCACCCAUUAAACUUCCUCUCUCAGCCACACAGGAAGCUGAGCCGGCUCAGGGCCCAGGCCCGAGCAAGCACGGGCCCCCAGAACCCUUGGGGGAAAGGGCCCCACCGGGCCUGCCCAACAGGGACCAUGGAAUCCAGAGCUGAAGGGGGUCCCCCUGCUGUGUUUGAUUGGUUCUUCGAAGCAGCCUGCCCUGCCUCCCUACAGGAGGAUCCUCCCAUUCUGCGGCAGUUCCCCCCAGACUUCAGGGACCAGGAAGCUAUGCAGAUGGUGCCUAAAUUCUGCUUCCCUUUCGACGUGGAAAGGGAGCCUCCCAGCCCUGCGGUACAGCAUUUCACCUUCGCCCUCACAGACCUGACCGGCACCCGUAGAUUUGGUUUCUGCCGCCUAAGGGCCGGUGCCCACAGCUGUCUCUGCAUCCUCAGCCACCACCCUUGGUUUGAGGUGUUCUACAAGCUGCUGAACACAGUGGGAGACCUCCUGGCUCAGGACCAAGUCUCAGAGGUCGAGGAACUUCUAAGCCUGCUGCAGCGGACCCUGCCAGAGACCCAGGCCUCUGUGGAGCUGGGCAGCGGAGUGAUGGUCUCCAGUGGGCCCGGGAGGAUGCCCCCAGCCCCCGGGAACAUCAGGCCGCUUUCCUGCUUCGUGGCCCCCGACGCCGGCCGCCUGCCAUCCAUUCCGGAGAACAGGAACCUCACGGAGCUGGUGGUGGCCGUGACCGACGAGAACAUCGUGGGGCUGUUCGCGGCGCUCCUGGCCGAGCGGAGGGUGCUGCUCACCGCCAGCAAGCUGAGCACCCUGACCUCGUGUGUCCACGCGUCCUGUGCCCUCCUGUACCCCAUGCAAUGGGAGCACGUGCUGAUCCCCACCCUGCCGCCGCACCUACUGGACUACUGCUGCGCUCCCAUGCCCUACCUCAUCGGAGUCCACGCCAGUCUCGCAGAGAGAGUGCUGGAGAAAGGCCUGGAAGAUGUCGUGAUGAUGAACGUGGACUCCAAUAUCUUAGAGACACCUUUUGACGACGUGCAGGCGCUGCCUCCCGACGUGGUGUCCCUGCUGAGGCUGAGGCUAAGGAAGGUCGCGCUGGCCCCAGGAGAAGGGGUGUCCCGUCUUUUCCUCAAAGCCCAGGCGCUGCUCUUUGGAGGGUACCGCGAUGCGCUGGUCUGCAGCCCGGGCCAGCCUGUGACCUUCAGCGAAGAAGCCUUCUUGGCCCAGAAGCCCGGGGCUCCCUUGCAGGCCUUCCACCGGCGGGCUGUGCACCUGCAACUGUUCAAACAGUUCAUUGAUGGCCGGCUAGAGAAACUUAACACAGGAGAGGGGUUCUCAGAUCUGUUUGAGCAGGAGAUCACCUGCAGCGGGGCCUCCUCAGGAACACUUCGCUCCUACCAGCUCUGGGCAGACAACCUGAAGAAAGGUGGCGGUGCCCUCCUGCAUUCUGUCAAGGCCAAGACCCAACCGACCGUCAGAAACAUGUAUCGCUCGGCCAAGAGCGGCUUGAAGGGAGUGCAGAGUCUCCUGAUGUACAAGGUAAAGCUAGUGGCCAGCGGGGGGGGGGGGGAUGGGGAAGUGGGCUCCUGGCUCACCCAACCUCUUCCUAGGACAGGGAUUCUGGCCUGCAGAGGGGGGGCUCCCUCAGGGCUUUCUCCCUCACCAGUCGCUCAGAUCACCUGCAGCAGCGUCUGCCUAUCACCCAGCACUUUGGACAGAACCGGCCCCUUCGCCCCAGCAGGAGACACCGGCAGGAAGAGAGACCUUCUGAGUCCCUGGGGGAGAGGUAAGGCUCAAAGGCAGAAGAGGGGGCAAUAUUGUAAGCGGGAGGCCAGAACUAAUGGGGAAGAUGGUCCCCAAAUUUCAAACCAGCCAGAGCCACCAGACCAGAGCUGGGGGUUUGGGGCAGAUAUCGGAGGCUACCUAACCUCACACAGGACACCGUCUCUGAGCCCUGAGGAUACCCAGGACUCCUGGGCAGAGGAGGCUCUGGACAGCAGCUUCCUGGGGUCUGGGGAAGAACUGGAUUUGCUGAGUGAGAUACUAGACAGUCUGAGCACGGGAGCCACACGGACAGGCAGCCUGCGGUCCAGCCAGAGCUUAGACUGCUGCCACAGAGAGGACUCGGACAGCUGCCUCAGCCUGCCUAACUUACCAGGAAGACAAAGGUGGCAGCCAGAUGAGGAGGACCUCCCAGAACCCUAUUCCCAGUCCCUGCCUGCCGGCCUGCCAUCUCUACAAAGCCCCCAGCCUCCGGAUACCACAGGGUCCUCCAGGAACCUCACUCCCUCCGAGGCCAGCCAAGAAGUCACUUCUUUAACCCAAUCCUUAAUAGCUUCUGCAGAGCCAAGCAGCCGAGGGGACCUCCAAUCCUCUCUCACAGAGCCCCAUCGACAAACUCCUCAUCUCUCCCCUCUCCACGAGGCCGCCGGAGAGCCCAGAGGGGAGGAGAGGUCCUGCUCCCAGCUCUCCACAGCGCCCACCCAGCCCAGCCGUGCAGAGAGCCCCCAACCUCCGCUGCCCACCAAGCCCCACCCAGAUACCACCUGGACAUGGCAAACCCGUGGUGCUACCUCAGAUGCCGGUUUCCCAGAGAGCCCCAGAGCCCCUGCUGUGCCCGCCAGCAACUGGCAGGAGCCCCAGGCCAGGAACCGGCCCAGAGUUGCUGAGCUUAAAAAGUGUUUUGAAGGUUAAGGACCAGGCACCGGGAGGAGAAGCCAUUCUCUCAAUAAAGUCUCAAGAGCCCAA